CGGGCGGCUGGAUGGCGAUAGACCGGCGCCGUGAGGCGGGCGGCGGGGGCCGGCCGCUGCCCGAGGAGAACGGCUCGGUGCCGGGGGCCGUGGGGGGGGGCGCCGCCGUCCCCCCGGGGCCUCCCCCCGCCAACGCCACCGGGGCCGAGAUCCAGGCGCUGCCGGUGCCGCCGCCCGCCGCCGCCUGCAGCCCGCUGCUCCUCGACUACGACGGCUCGGUGCUACCCUUCCUUGGGGGGCUGGGCGGCCGGUACCAGCGGACCCUGGUGCUGCUCACCUGGGUCCCGGCGCUCGUCAUCGGCUUCAGCAAGUUCUCGGACUCCUUCCUCCUGGACCAGCCCGACUUCUGGUGCCGGGAGGCGGACGGGCAGGGCAACUGGAGCGGGACCCUGGCGCCGAUCCACGCCAACCACAGCGGCAACGGGAGCAUCUUCCCCCCACCCGGGCUGCCCACCCCCGCGGGGGGCAACGCCAGCGAGUGCGGCUGCCGCGAGUGGCACUACCGCAUCAGAGCCGGCCUCGUCCAAAACGUCGUGAGCAAGUGGGAUCUUGUUUGUGAUUCUGCCUGGAAAGUCCACAUUGCUAAGUUCUCCCUGCUUGUAGGAUUAAUCUUUGGCCACUUGAUAACAGGAUGUAUAGCCGACUGGGUUGGUCGACGGCCUGUACUGCUCUUCUCUGUCAUAUUCAUUUUGAUAUUUGGACUGACUGUGGCACUCUCAGUGAAUGUGACCAUGUUCAGCACACUCAGGUUUUUCGAGGGAUUUUGCCUGGCUGGAAUAGUCCUCUCCCUGUACGCGCUGCGGAUAGAGCUCUGUCCUCCCGGGCACCGGUUCAUGAUCACCAUGGUGGCGAGCUUCAUCGAGAUGGCGGGGCAGUUCCUCAUGCCAGGGCUGGCUGCCCUCUGCAGGGACUGGCAGGUCCUCCAGGCAGUCAUCAUCUGUCCCUUCCUGCUGAUGCUGUUUUACUGGGUUAUUUUCCCAGAGUCUCUUCGGUGGUUGAUGGCUACACAACAGUUUGAGGCAUCCAAGGAACUGAUCCUUCAGUUCACGCACAAGAACAAGAUGAGCACAGAAAGCGACAUCAAAGGAGUGGUGCCCGAGCUGGAAAAGGAAAUCACCAGGAGACCAAAGAAAGUCUGCAUUGUUAAAGUGGUGGGAACAAGGAACCUGUGGAAAAACAUCGUAGUGUUGUGCGUGAACUCGCUGACUGGUUAUGGCAUACACCACUGUUUUGCAAAAAGUAUGAUGGGGCACGAAGCGAAGAUGGCGAUUACCCACAACUUCUAUGCGGACUACUACACCAUGGCUGGGAUUGCGCUGGCAUCCUGCCUGGCCAUGUGCCCUGUGGUCGGGUUUCUGGGGAGGAGAGGAGGACUCCUGCUCUUCAUGAUACUUACAGCUCUGGCAUCACUUCUGCAGCUGGGCCUUCUCAACUUGAUUGGAAAAUACAGUCAACUUCCAGACUCAGGUAUGAGUGACAGUGUCAAAGACAAAUUCUCUGUUGCAUUCUCCAUCGUGGGUAUGUUUUCUUCUCAUGCUGUUGGAAGCCUCAGCGUGUUCUUCUGUGCUGAAAUCACACCCACAGUAAUCAGGGGAGGCGGGCUGGGGCUGGUGCUGGCCAGCGCGGGCUUCGGCCGCCUGACUGCCCCCAUCAUGGAGCUCCACAACCAGAAGGGUUACUUCCUCCACCACGUCAUCUUCGCCUGCUGCACACUCAUCUGCAUCAUCUGCAUCCUGCUGCUGCCCGAGAGCAAGAGCCAGCACCUGCCUGAGAACAUCCCGGAUGGGGAACAUUACACCCGGCAGCCCCUGCUGCCGCACAAGAAGGGGGAGCAGCCGCUGCUCCUGACAAACUCUGAACUCAAGGAUUACUCUGGCCUCCAUGACUCAGCCGCUGUGAGUGACGGCAUCUCGGAGAACACCACUGCCAACGGCAUGAAGUAGAUGUAACUGGGUGGAUUUUUUUCCUUCUCCUUGUUUUUGGUUGGUUUUUUUUUUAAUUAUUUUAUUUCCCCUUCUUAUAUUCCUUCUCUUCCUUUUGUAUUUUAUUUGAUGCUGUUGUGCGGGAGGAGUUGCACUUUGGGCAAAGGUGUUUUGCACAGAUUUUACAAACCAGUGAUGGAGCAGACACAAACUUAGAGGAAUUCAACUCUGCUACUAAAGCAAAUUUUGGCAUCUUCAGCAGUUGUGCAGAUUACUUUUGAAAAGUUUUGGGGGAAAAAGACUCAUUUGAGAAAAGACCUGGCUGGCAGUAGCCCUUCAGAACUCUUUUUUUCCUGCCAUUAAAUAUGUAUAUUUAUUUUGAUUUAUUCUCAAGAAGCACUUUAUUUCCUUUUCCUUUCAUAGAUCACAAAAAUGAAGCCAUCUUUUAAGAGGUGCAGCCAUUCCAAGAAAGAAACCAUGGGGGGAGGGGGAGUGUUGUUUUCUGUUUUGUUUUUGUGUUUCUUUAAAGGAAAGAGGGAUUCACUGCAAAGUUGAAUUGACUUAAACUUAGACUUGUGCAACAUUCUUCUGCCUGUCUAGAAAGUCCAAGUGCCCAGAUUGCCUGCUGUGUUUGUAUACACUAAGAAAAAGGAAGAAAAAAAAAAAAAAAGAAGAAAAAGCAAAACCUGUUGUGACUCAAACUCUGACUGCAUUUUAGGCAGCUUAUAUUUGUCUUUAUAGCCCAUGUGCACUUAAAAGUUACUUUCUAAAUUAGUCCUUUUUUGUUUUCACUGAAUGCAUUGGAGAAAAUCCUACCCCAACAAGCUGAUUUUUCAAUCAGCUUUCUGCAUUUUAAGAAUAUAUUAAUCUAUUUUACGUGGUUGCCACUGGUCCUUAAUUGUAAUGUAGAUGAUGCAAAUGAUUUGACUAAUGAUGCAAAAAUGAGUUUUGUCUAGAAUGGUUAUAAUUAUCAGGAGGCCCAGGAUCUCUGACUGCUCCAGGAAAAAAGCAUAGACCAGCAGUGAUAAAUAGUAAGGAGCUUGGGCAAGAUCUAUAUAUACCUUUAUUCCAAAAGGCAGCAUAGCUGGGAUAUCUGUUCCUGAGAAAUGAGUGUCCUGGUAUUUACUGUCUCAAGUGGUUUUAGAGCCAGGGUUUGGGUUUUCAAUUUAAGUGGGAAAACUGCUUAAAUGACUGUUGGAAAGGAAUUAAUUGAUAGCCUGUGAAUAAUGACUUACUGAGCUGUCUUGGGCUCUUAGAUAUGUGUUCUGGUUCUGACCCAAGAAUAUACAAUGAACUCACCCUUAUUUCCUCACUUUCCUGACUGCUCUUGUAAGAUUUUAGUUCAGGAAAAAAAUGUUUACUUAAAUUUGAUUAAUUCUACACAAAGUGAACAUCCACUUUACCUCCUGCUGUGCAGAUGGCACUUUGAUAGUAGCCACUUGACUUCCCUCCUCCAGCCCCCAAAUUAUUUCCUUCGGCCAUUGGCUUUUGGUCCUCACUCAAGAGAAUAUCGUGAGGAUCUAGUUCAAUGCAAGGACUCUGUAAACAGCUUUCUUGCAUUGUAGUUAACUCUCCCCUCUCUCCCUCCCUCUUCUCCUUUCUCACUCAGGCCAUCCAUUUGUGAUUGCUCAGUAGUGCAGACAUUCAAGCAGAGCAGCAGGAUGUCAAUGUUGUACUCACUGUCCAUAUGAUUGCCACUUUGUUUGAUGUACAUCUUGCGUUCAUAUGCAGGGGAAGUGCUCAUUCGCACUCUCCUCCUCUACCUUCCCUCCCCCUUCCUCCCUUGCUGUAUAUAUUGUCGAUUAACUACUGUACCUAACAAUUUCCAUCCUCCAUUAGGCUGCCAAUGUCCUCUUACAGUUCCCAAUAAAUCAGAGACCCAUGCUCCCCGGCAGGCCAUGCAGUAAGGUAGCACAGCCUCAGACGCUGACGGAUGCAAGGGGACAGGCAGACCUGCAGAAGCAACAGAGGGGGUUGCAUUCACACUAACAAUGUUGUCCUAAAGCUGCUAAUUUUUACAGAGGAUGAUGUGGACAUUUGGGUUCUUCUUGAGCCUGGUAAGAAACACUGGACCAGUUGAUGGUAGUUUUGCCCAGAGUUACACUACUGGUUUUUUUCACCUUUGCUAAACUUGCUGUGACAGCAAGAGCCUGAUCUUCCUAACACUCGAGUUUUAUUGUCAGGCUCGAGUGUGGCUGCUUCUUUUUGUUCUGUGCUGAGACCUUUGCAGUCUGUGUUCACCUGAGGAAAGAAACCAGCCCUUCCCCACUCGUGUAGUAUUCACACGCCAAAUUUGUGCAAUACCUUUUGCCUUCGAUGUGAGAUGCUUGUUGCAAGCCACACACAUUCGGGGACGAAAGAAAUGGGUUCACAACAAAAAGCUGAAGAAGCAAAACAAGGCUUCAGGGAAGAGAGAAAGGGCAUGAGAGAGGAGAAGGUGCGAGCUCAGAGGCGGAAAGCAGCGCCCUGCCAUCCAUCGUGCUGUGGAGCCAGUGGCUCCUUCCUUUGUGGUCCUCUCGUGGCCCGUGUGCUCAAGCUGCGGUAGAGCUCCCGCAGACCACGCACAGGCCUGCACACACGGCUGCUUCCAGCACUGUCAGUGCUCCUGGUGAGCUCACCGCUGUUGUCCACAGCACUUUAUCGUUUCCUGUUCUGGUGGUUGCUCUCCGAUGACAGACAGGCACAGGGAAAAGAAUACUUGUUUAAACAUAUCAACAUUUAGAUAAUAAAUACAUUUGGUGACAGGAACAUGCAGCAAUUUUUGUUUGUUUGUUUUGUUAAGAAGAAAGUCUUAUGAAGUUGAUUCGAUUUGCUGCUUUUUUGCUUGAAACCAGGUAGUCAGUACUGAUCUGCAAUGAAGGGAGCCCCAUCUUCUCUAGUCAGUCUGGCCCUCUGCCUCUGUCACAACAAUAAAGCAAAAACUAACUUCCUGCCUUGGCAGUUCUAGUUUUGCUCCUUUUCCUGAAAACAGGAACACUUCUGUGAUGAUUAUGUUCUUCCACACAUGCUCAUGGAGUUGGAAAGCUUUCACUAAACCUAUCUAGUGUGGAGGAGCCAGGUACCAGGUGAUGCAGCAGGGCAGAAAGGAAGCAUGGGGAUGCUUGCCCUGCCUUGUCUAGCCCUGCAGUAGGACAGGGCUCUCUGCUGGGGUCCCAGCCUGCUGCACCAUUGGCUCCUUGGCCAUGUCUCCUCUGCAGCCAUCACCAGGAAAGGCUUUUCUCAGGCGGCUCUUUCUGGCCACCACAACAGGGGAAGCAGUCCAAGCUGUCUUGUCCAUUUUUGGCCUUUUUCUGUGAACCUUCAGUAACCUCUAAGCCCAUCAGUAGAUUUUUCUUUGGGUUUACCAUUUAAGGGCUUUCUCCAUCUUUGUAAGUUCAAACAAAAAUGUGAAGUGACAUUAUGCUUGAUCUUGGGGGUUUUGUCCCCCUUGUAAGAUUUCAGUACUGCUUUUGUUGCCAGACACGCUGCAAACAGAUAACACCUGUUUGCAAGUGUUUUGUGGCCACUCUGAAAGGGGGUUGUGUGAUUUACUUUUGGGUUUCACUGAGUAGGCUUUUUUUGUUGUCAUCCUUUUUAGUGGAAGUAUUUUACUUAACUGUUGCCACUUUCUGGAGACAAACAAUUUAUUGGUCACCAAAUUGGAAGCAGAAGUGCCAUUAACUGAACUCUGUGAAUGUCAAGUCAAGUUGCGCCUGUAGCUGGCACAUAAGACAACACUAUUGAGUGGGGGGAUGAUCUCCCCCCACUGCAACUUUUUUUUAUUUUAUUUUUUAAUACAAAAAUGAAAUUACAAACCUCAUUUUAAAUGUAUUGUGUAAAAUGUUUCGGGAAAGGAGUACGGUGUGUUUUGUCUAGUGGGCGAGAUCUCCCUCCCCAUUUCAGUUUCUGAUGAAGUUUUAAAGAAUCGUGUUACUGUAUGUUUUGAUCAUGAAUAGUCUGGUGGUGCUUCCUCAUAGCACAAGCUUAAAUCAAGUACUGAAAACAGUCUUACAAGCUAAAUGUCUGCAUGAUGUUACAUCUGUUGUACCUACUGAGAAGAACUUUGUAUGUAAAUGUACAGAAUAAAAUGACGUUGUCCCAUC